GCAAUACCCGUUCGUCAGCUGUCUAAUCGGGUCAGACCCGUGAAGCUGUUCAUUUUGAAACCCAUAGUUCUUACUCACAAAAGUUUAGGGUUUAACAGCUGGUUCAAAGCUUCUAAAGCGAUUAAGGGUUUAGUGUGGUCGAAUUAGCAAUGGCCAUCAUAUAUCUGAGGUCAUUAUCUAAGGCAUGUAAUUAUACAUACAACUCUACUGUAUCUAUUCCUUUACUGAAACAUUUGAGCACUGUCCCUGCACGGUUUGAUCCUAAUUAUCAAAACCCUAGUAAUUGUGAUGGUGUAAAUGAGCAACAAAGUAGUGGGUUUUAUGCUGAGAGUGAAUAUGAUGCAAGAGAGAAGUUUAAGGGGAAUUUUGUGAAUCAGGCAGUUCAUCAAACAGCUGGUGGGCAGUAUUUUCAGGACCGUAGAAAUGAAAAUUUGAACGGGAAAAUUGGGAGCUAUGGACAGGAGAAUGGUGGAAGUGAGUUUCGAAAUGAUUCGGGCCGGUUUAGUAGAGAGGGGCGUGUCAAUGAGUUUCGUGGGAGUGGUUAUUAUGGACAGAGAAGUGGGGAGUUUUCGCAACAGCCAAGUGGUUUUAAUGGUUCACAGAGUAGUUUAAAUGGGGUUCCGGGUGCUGGUGUGGUUCAGCAGAGACAGAAUCAGUUUUAUGGAGUGGGGUCGUCAGAGGGUAAUGCUAGUUAUGGACAACAUGCUAUGCAUUCUCAAUGGAGUUCUGCGAAUCAUUCAGUUGGGAAUGUGAAUAAUGUUGGCAACACUCAGCAGGGUACUAACAAUUUUAAUGGAAAUAAUUGUUAUGGUAAUGUUGUUGGUAGUCAUCAACAAAGCCAGAAUAGCUAUCCUGGAAAUUAUGCUGAGAAUUUUAAUGGGAAUCUGAUGAGAAAUGUUGGAGGAUAUCAGCCGACUCCAAGUGUGGAAUAUCGCACUAAUGCUGGACCUCUGAAUAUUCCAAAUGAGUAUCAGAAUGAUAUAGGUGGAUUUCAAGUAGCCGGUAGCUCAACUUCUGGUGGCGGGAUGGUUGAUGCUAGCGAAAAACACACUGUCGAGGAGAUUGAUGGCUUAUGUGGUGAGGGAAAAUUGAAAGAAGCCAUAGAAUUGUUGAUUCAGUUAGAGCAGCUAGGAAAUGCAAUUGACAAAGACCAAUAUUUUAGACUAAUGAAGGUAUGCGGAGAGGCUCAAGCUCUAGAAGAGGCGAAGCAUGUUCAUGAUCUCUUCAACAAACGUAAUUUUCCUUAUGAAGUGAGAAAUUUUAAUAACAUUUUGGAGAUGUAUUGUAUAUGUGGUUCCAUGGAUGAUGCAUAUGAUGUGUUUACUAAAAUGCCACAACGUAACCUGACAUCCUGGGACACUAUGAUACUAUGGUUUGCUAAGAACGGUCGUGGUGAGGAAGCUAUUGAUCUGUUUACCAGAUUUAAAGAACUAGGAUUGCAACCUGAUGGCGAGAUUUUCUUCAGUGUUUUUACUGCUUGUAGUUUCUUAGGUGAUAUCACUGAGGGGUUGCUGCACUUUAAAUCAAUGAGCAAACAGUAUGGUAUAGUUCCAUUGAUGCAGCAUUAUGUUGCUGUGGUGGAUAUGCUGGGAAAGACAGGCUAUCUGGAUGAAGCGUUGGAGUUUGUUGAAAAUAUGCCGGUUGAACCAAGUGUUGAUGUUUGGGAAACUUUAAUGGUUUCAUGUAGGAUUAAUGGGGACAUGGAACUUGGGGACCGCUGUGCUGAGCUUGUUGAGCUCCUAGACCCUUCUCGCUUGACCGAGCAAGCAAAAGCAGGCCUCAUUCCAGUGAAAGCUUCAGAUAUUGCGAAGGAAAAAGAGAAGAAGAAAUUAAUAAGUCGAAACAUUCUAGAUGUUAGGAGUAGAGUCCAUGAAUAUAGGGCAGGGGAUACAUCUCACCCUGAUAAUGACAAGAUAUAUGCCCUUCUAAGAGGGCUGAGGCAACAGAUGAAAGAGGCUGGUUAUGUGGCAGAAACUAAAUUUGUGCUUCAUGACAUAGACCACGAAGGCAAAGAGGACGCUCUUCUUGCACACAGUGAGAGACUAGCUGUUGCUCAGGGUCUUAUAAGCAGCCCGGCUCGCCAACAAAUAAGAAUUAUAAAAAACCUCCGUGUUUGUGGUGAUUGCCAUAAUGCAAUGAAGAUCAUCUCAAAAUUGGUUGGCAGGGAGCUCAUCAUGCGAGAUGCUAAAAGAUUCCACCAUUUCAAGGAUGGGGUGUGCAGUUGCCGAGAUUAUUGGUGAAGAUGAACUCAGGGGUCCAUCAAUCUAGUUUGUUUACUAUAUUUUUUUUAAGCUGUGGUAUGAUCAUCCUAUACUUAUUGUCAAAGGAUGACAACAAUUCAUAUAUCUCAUGGUGCAUAAUUUUGAUGUCAAAUGAUAUAUUUGCAAGCCACUACUAGAUAAAGGUGUGAUACAUGUGAAAGGCUUAUAUCCUUCUAUUCGUAUUGCGCGAAACUGUAUGUUGCACUUUAUUGCAACAUGGAAUUACUGUUACCGCAACUGUUUUACCAUCAAGUCUUUUUGAUUUACACACACAGAUUUUACCCUUAAUGCUUUUGUGGCGAAUAAAUAGGCAGCUAAUAUUUCCUCCGGGAUGCGAUAGACUCAAUCUUAAGAACGGUUCAUGUUGGAGUUUGGCAUCUCAUCCUUGUUUUUUGUGAAAGUUUUAUAUUAAGAGAAAUAUUAAAAUGCAUCUCGUCGAACAUACUAAUGUAUGAUAUCCUACUUUAGUAUAGUUUUUUAGUAUUAGUUAUAAGGAAAAAGCUUGAAAUAAAAGAUAAAAACUAUCCCGGCAGCUCUUAAGGUUGACCUUCUUAUAAGUGAAUUCAUAUACCACUUAGCACACAUUAUAGUAAUUCACUAAUUCUUAGUUUGUCAGUUAUACAUUGUACAGGUGUAGGAGUAAGGGCUGGACAUCUUACUAGGGCUUCGAAGUCUAUUUGCCUGACCUCUGUUCCAUUUAAUUUUUAAGCAUAUGAAGAGGCAUGCAUCUUCGCAGAAAGUAACUAAUUGUUGUGUAUUAUUGUUGUGAAACAGCAAUUUAUUCAUUUAUGCAUGUACUGUAUUUCCUCUUUUCAAAAUCUGUUAUGUAUUUCUAAGACUUUUGGUUUUUUAACUGCUAAGCACUGUAAAAAAGUGCGCGCGUAGGAAGGAACUUUUAAUAGUGAUGCAGGCUGUUAGUGGUGAUGGAGCAUGCUCAGAUAUCACAGAUUCUAAGGUAGAGAUUAUCAUUAUUUUUCUUUUUAUCAGAAGGUAGAUAUUUGAGUCAUCUGACACAAGUUACAAAGCAAGCGUUGAUAUUGCUGGAAUAUGCUUAUAGCACCUUGCAACUGGAACUGUUAAACUGGAUGGUCGAUGCUACACUUCUGCUACUAAGGACGACUUUGGAAGUUAAAAAUAUUUGAUUAAUAAGUUCACUUCUGGAGGAGAUAGAUUCCCUUUUUGCUUAAGAUAUAAGGUGCGGUGAGAAUAUAUCUUUUACUGUUAUUAUUAGAUACAAUGGAUGUUUCAUGUUUGGACGUGUUAAACUAGUUUUCUUCCAUGUUAUGAUAGUACGCGGUAUGCACAUCACAGUGCUAUAUUCUGCUAGAAAGGAGCAAGUAACUCUUCUUAUAUGUAUUCGGUUAGUUGUCCAAGUUAACUAUUGUUAAAUUAUCUGACAGCUGCUUUAAAUUUGUGACUGUUAUCCACUUGCUCAUCGCAGGUCUUCUGCAAAUAUUUCCUUGGAAUCCAGAAUCCAUUCAGACUCUUAAAAGACGCUAGUGUUAAAAGUUUGUGGCAUUUGGUUCUAGAGAGUGGACAAAGGGAAUGCGAAAUCCACAUGCAUGUUUACCAAACGAAGCAGUCUUCUUUCUUUUCCAGGAUCUAGGAACUACAUAAUCAUCAAUUUUGCUUUAUGGAGAUGAUGGCACUAGAGGCGCUUCAAGAGUGGCAACCGAACACAAUGGGUGGAUGACAUCCACUCUUUAGUACUGCUCAUGAUGGUCAAUCUUUUCAUUUUUACAUUCAUUUUCGAGCCUGUAUAUAUAAAAGAUUUUCCAAUAUGAAGGGAAAUAGUAUAACAUUGAAGAAUUAGAAGAAUACUAUAACCAAUAUUUCAACGCAUGUAAUAAAUUUUUUCCUGUUUUUGCUAAGUGAUGUAUUCAAACAUUAAGACUUAUGUAAAACAUAACUCGAAGGUUGGACAUCAUCUUAUUUUAUUAUGAUCA